AUGAUAAAUGAAGUAUUCUGUAAUAGUAAUACAUUACAAGGUUUCAUGAAAUCUGCCGGCAGAAUUAAUUUGAAUGAUAUGGAGGAUUUUGAUGGUGUCGGCGAUAGAAGUAAUGAUACUGAUGUUAAUGAUGACAAAAUCAGAAAGCCAUUAAGUGAAUUCAAAGAUCAAGUUGAUACCAGUGUUACAGAAGAAUUAUCAGGUCUAAUUGUGGAAGAAAUGUUAAAGCGUUUAGAGAAGAUAAUAUAG